UCCACAAAUUACUCUUACGAAACCGAAUGGGGUUCGUUUCGGUUCAGGAAGAAUAGCACCUGAUGGUGUAGUGAUUUUCGAUCGUACUUUUAUUUUAUUUUCACCCAUAAAUCCGUUCAAAAUAUGCACUUUCGUCAAUCCAGAGGUUAAUCGUUGUAAAAUCAUUUUGAUUAGAGUAAUUGCAGAUAAGAAGAAUAAGAAGACUUAUAAGAAGACUUUACCGUUAAAAUAUAAAUGAAAUUAAUUUUAAAUAUUUCGAUCAAUCAGUAUAAAUACUUGAUAAUGGAUGCAAUAGGAAUAAAACAUAUAAUAGUUGAAACGACCACUGAAAAUUCGUAAAGUUAUGGCUUAUAUAUGGCUGAUAUCGUUAAAUAGAUACACAUAUCUUAAUUUUAUAAACCACCUACGAUUUUAAUUUUGUAUUUCACCAACAGAUGGCGCAAUGCUAUCCUAUCUCGUUUCUUUAUAUUUCUUUAAAAUAAUAUACAUAAAAUGUGAACGAAGCACAUGUUUUUAUAUUUGAAGAAAUACAAAAUUUAAUUAAUAAGAAAUAAAUAACUAACGAUGUUGUACAUGAUCGGUUUAGGACUUGGUGACGCAAAAGAUAUUACUGUUAAGGGUCUUGAAAUAAUAAGAAAAUGUAAUCGCGUGUAUUUGGAAUCUUAUACAUCAAUUCUUUCUGUAGGUCAAAAAACCUUGGAAGAUUUUUAUGGUUGUUCUUUGAUCAUCGCAGACCGUGACUUAGUAGAAAGUAAUGCAGAUUUAAUACUAUCAAAUGUAAAGGACGAAGACAUCGCAUUUUUAGUUGUUGGAGAUCCAUUCGGUGCAACCACGCAUACAGAUUUAGUAUUACGAGCACAAGAGAAAGGUGCUAAGGUAACAAUAAUCCAUAAUGCAUCGAUCUUAACUGCUAUAGGUUGUUGUGGUUUACAAUUGUAUUCUUUUGGAGAAACUGUAUCUAUUCCAUAUUGGACAGAAAUGUGGCAACCUGAUAGUUUCUAUGAUAAAAUUGCUUCUAACAGACAAAGAGGUUUACAUACUUUGUGCCUACUGGAUAUCAAAGUAAAAGAGCCUACAUUGGAAAGCAUUUUAAGCAAGAAAAAAAUUUAUAUGCCACCAAAAUAUAUGACCGUUGCUGAGGCAUCCAAUCAAUUAACCUCCAUAUUAGAAAAAAAGAAAAAGGAUAGCGAUCAAUGCUUAGCUUUUACAGAAGAUAGCCUAGUGGUUGGAUUAGCUAGAAUAGGAUCUGAGGAUCAGAAUAUAGUUGCCUGUUCAUUGCAAGAAAUGAAAGAAAUUGAUCUUGGAGAACCUCUUCAUUCUUUAAUCAUACCAGCUGAGAAAUUACAUCCUCUUGAAACUAGUUUCUUAAGGCAAUAUGUUAUUGAUAAAACACAACUUGACUAAUCAAUGGCUCAUUAUCGUAUUAAAAGUACAUGUAAAAUUGAUUAACGUAUAUAUUUUUUAUUAUAUUUAUUGUAAAUAUUUAAUUAUAAAAAAAAAAAUUUUAUCGAACGUCGCCUAUAAGAUUUACUACAAGAUUACUUAUUUAUACUUAAAAAAAAACUUCAUAAAAAUACAAUAACGUCGUUAUAUGUAACCUUUCCAUUGUUACGUAAUACUACACAUUAAAUAUUUCCUUAGAA